ACAGAACGACAACCCAACCAUUGUAGAUCCAGCCUCAGACGUGUAGAGACGUGGUUUCAAACAAAAGAUCCUAUUUUUUUAACUUUUUACCUCAACUAUUAGAUAUUAUAAAGAUGGCAUGCCCAGCUCCAGCUCUUAAAGACUUACCAAAAGUAGCCGUCGAUUUAAAAAGUGAACUUGAAGGUUUCAAGUCUGCCAACUUAAAGAAUGCGGACACCCAAGAAAAAAUCAUUCUUCCAUCCGCUGAAGAUGUAGCUCAAGAACGGACCCAUAACGCCUUGAUAGCGGGCGUUGAAAAUUUCAAUAGCUCCUCGCUAAAACGGACAAAUACUAAAGAAAAGAUCGUGUUGCCGACUCCCGAAGACGUUGCCGCUGAAAAGACUGAAAAAGCUUUGAUUGAAGGCAUCGAAAGGUUCGAUGCUAGCAAAUUGAAACAUACAGAAACUUUGGAGAAAAAUCCUCUUCCCGAUAAAGAAGUAAUGCAACAAGAAAAAACGCACCAAAACAUUUUAAGUGGUGUUGAGCACUUUGAUAAAUCAACAAUGAAGCACGCUAAUACUCAAGAAAAGGUUGUUUUGCCUGAUGUUGAAGUUAUUGAACAAGAAAAAGGACAACAAAAGUUAAUUUCUGGAAUUGAAAAUUUUGAUACGUCAAAGUUAAAACAUACUGAAACGUGCGAAAAGAAUCCUCUUCCAAGCAAGGAAACGAUCGAGCAAGAGAAGAGUUCUUAAGAUGGCAAAGAAAAAGUCUUUUAAAACACCUCCUACGCAUUUUUAAAGACCAAAAAGAAUGUCCUCUCAUUCCAUCAAAAAAAAGUCAGGAACUCAAUAAGGCUCAUUUUUUUAUAAACACAUACAAUAUUAUACACUGUAAUAAUAAUAUCGUAAAAUGUGGGUAAAAAUAAUAAAACUGUCCGUUUUUUGUAUCAUUUUUACACUUUUAUAUCAGCGUAUAAUAAUAAUUAUUAUAAAAAAACUAAGUAUAGGUACGUUUCUUUUUUGUAAAACGAGGUGGAAUCCUCCGCGCUACUUAGCGGCUUUUCUACUUUUAAUUAACGACAAAAAUUUAAGAACGAAAAAGUUGUUGUUUAUAAAAUAAAAUUACGCGUGUGUGUGCAUAUGUUAGGCGCAUAUAUUCUAAUUCUUAUUCAUUUUUAGUAUUCGAAGAGAACGUUUAAGGAUUUUGUUUGACUUUAUUAAUAUUAUUUUCAGUUUUUUUUUUGCAUGAAAAUCGGUGCUUAAAUAAAUUUGUAUGAAAGAAAAAUAAA